UUUCUUGAAAGCAGAGAUGUAAGAGUUUUUUUCUUUUUUGUUAUUCUCAGGCUUCAUAAGUAUACAGAGUUAAUCGUUGGUGUAAUAAGCUUGUUUUGUUUGAAUCAAAGCUCCAGGGAAGAAUGCAGUCUGCCCUGAUGAGAAUUGUGCUGGCCCUGCUCUUUUUCGCAUUAAUUCUGAGAAGAUAUGAUGGCCAGAUGUUUGAAGAAUGGUGCAUAGCUGAUGAGCAGACCCCAGAUGAUGAGCUGCAAAGGGCCCUUGAUUGGGCUUGUGGGAAGGGAGGUGCGGACUGCAAGAAAAUACAACCACACCAACCUUGCUUCUUUCCUAACACUGUCAAGGACCAUGCCUCCUAUGCCUUCAACAACUACUAUCAGAAGUUCAAGAACAAGGGGGCAACUUGCUACUUCAAUGCUGCUGCCAUGGCCACUGAUCUUGACCCAAGUCAUGGCUCAUGCAAGUUCGAGUUUACUCCUGACGUGUGACAGUCACAAGGAUUUGCAGUAAUGUUCUGAUCAUAGUUUGAUGUCUCUCUUCCUAAAUUUGGAGGAAAUUUGAUUCAGUCUUAUAAACUAUGUUGCUUGACCAUAUUUCCUAAAAACGGUAUGAUUCUCAGUUUUGAUUUUAAGCUCAAUAUAUCAAAAACUUGGUGGUGCAAGAUGGAAAA